AUAUCGUCCUGCCAAUUACGAACACCAAAAAAAAAUCAGCUGAAUCUGUUGAGCCGUUCUCAAGUGAUGAUGUUUCAUAUGUUUCAUUUAUAUGCAUACAGAUAAAACGCGUCUAACUCAAAAAAGCUGUGUUUGAAAAAUAUUAAAAGUUUUAACUUUAUGUUAUUCAUGUUUAAUUGUAAAUUAAAAUCAAAACCAGAUUUACGAUUUGACUGUCAUACGUUUUUUAAUUAAUUAAUAUGGUUAUGAAUAAAGACACUGAUUUUAAACCAAAUGUGUUGGAAAACAUUUUGUUUUUGACUUAAGAUAAACAACGCGUGGAACACAUUCUGUAAAUUGUUUAGUACUUGCUAAUUCACUAAAAUAAUGUGCUUUUGGGUUUUUGGUAAAAUAGAAGAUGAAUCAGGCCAAGAUGAAGAAGAACCAAUAAUUGAGUUUUGUUCUGAAAACAUGUCAAGAAGUUCUACAAUACAUUAUGCUCCAAGUCACUUUAAAUCCGAAUCAAACGAAGGUAAAAUAGAAGAUGAAUCCGGCCAAGAUGAAGAAGAACCAAUAAUUGAGUUUUGUUCUCAAAACAUGUCAAGAAGUUCUACAAUACAUUAUGCUCCAAGUCACUUUAAAUCCAAAUCAAACGAAGGUAAAAUAGAAGAUGAAUCCGGCCAAAAUGCAGAAGAACUAAUUAUUGAGUUUCGUUCUGAAAAUAUGUCGAACAGAAAUUCUACAAUACAUUAUGCUCCAAGUCACAUUAAUUUCGAAUCAAACGAAGCGAAUUUCAAUGAUGUUGAUGGCGAACAAAAUGUGACAUAUUAUACUGUAUAUGAGUGCACUGGUAUAAAUGAAACAGAUAUAAUAUUAUAUGAAGCAAACGAGGACGCCUCCCAUUCACAGACAGUUAAUAACUCGCCAUCUGAAGAUCGCGGAUACAACUCUGCAUUGUAUGUAGAAAGAGAAGUACCGCCGUAUAUUAAAUUAUCCGAUCAAAUUUCAAACGAAAAUUCUGUAUUAUAUGAUGAAAAUGAUUUCAAUUACAAUUUGAGAAUAAUCAAACAGGAACAUUUCGACGUUAUAAGUCACGAAGAAAAUUUUAUUGAUGAUAUGGAACGCACUGACACAUAUGAAAUAGGACACGGAACCGGAACGUUUGAGGAUGACAUCCAAUCACAGAGAUAUUCUUUAAUUGUCGCAGAGGAACCAGAUGUCGGAUUUGGAGUGGACCGUGAAGAACCUUUAGAUUCAUAUAUCGACUACAUAUUUGGAGACAAUUCUGAAACAGGUGACUCGAAUGAAGCAAAUACAGAAGAUCUGGACAUCGAACAAAAUUUGCCCUCCAUGGAAACCGGAGACACUGGGGUACACGAAUCGUCCGCUGACGAAUCGUCCGCUGACGAAUCGUCCGCUGACGAAUCGUCCGCUGAUGAAUCGUCCGCUGACGAACCGCCCGCUGACGAACCGGUCGCUGACGAACCGGUCGCUGACGAACCGGUCGCUGACGAACCGGUCGCUGACGAACCGGCCGCUGACGAACCGGCCGCUGGCGAACCGGUCGCUAACAAACAGCCCGUUGACGUACAACCUGUUGGUGAACAUUUUGCGAUGGAUUAUUUUUAUAAUAUAAUCAAAAUUAACCACAGUUUAUUUCGUGUUAAUCUACACACCGAAGACGAUAUUUUCAACUUCAUACAAUUAUAUUCACAACGAACCCAAACGAUUUGGCGCGUUAUGAAAUCCUUUAAAUCCCAAAAAAAUGACGUUUGUAAAAUCUUCAGAUGUAUUAAGAAUGGCUUGCAUAAGCUUUUAAAAAAUCCAGAUAAAAAUAUAAAGCCAAGCAAAUGUGAGUGCCAAUCAGAAAUUGAAUUUGAAAUCAAAUGUUCGACCACAAGAGAAAAAAAUAGCGAUCCCUAUUUAAAAAACGGUUUACCGGCAAUUGUGAGAUUCAGAAACAACCAUAACCAUUUAGUUCCAGCCCUACCUUUGUUGAAAUCCAUAAUGGACAAUAAUAUAGAAAUAACGUUUGAUAAAGGCUUAGAGCCAGCAAAUAUACGUCAAGCUUAUAACAUUGGAACCAGCCCGAAUCCAAGGCCGCCAGUUGUCGACGUUAUACAUUUGUCAGACGACGACGUAGAGAUUAUGGAAAGCACUGAUCUCGAUAUCAGUGACCAGAUUAUGGACAACAAUUUGUACGGCAAGUGGGAGGACGCAAAUAUACUAUGCGAAAUCGUGGAGACGAAUGACAACAUACGCCUCGGACCGGGGCAACAGGUCGUCAACAACGGCGAACGCGUCAAAUCCAACGGAACCUCCCAUCAGUUGGUGGACACCAGUUACAGAAAAGACUAUAGCCGGAAGCUAAAAGGCAUAAUUUCGGACCACCAAAAGGCGAAGUGGCUAAGCGAUAAAAUGACGACCGAAGCCGAUAAAAUGAGUCUUUACAAAUGCUCGGGGAAAAAUUGCAAUGAGGUGUUCAGCCACCGGAAAACGUUCGUGCCACACUUGAACGACCACUGUCGCAAUGCAAAAAGACUGAAGGAUUCUCUUCAGUUCACGAUAUGCAUGUAUUGCUUCAAGCCGUUCGAUUUCAUGAGCGCAGACGCGUUGGGCAAUCACAUCGCCAACACCUAUAGUUAUUGCAAAUACUUCUGUCAGUAUUGCUUGUACCGCGCGUACACGGCGUCUCACGUCUUAGUCCACGAGUUUAUAAUUCACGGCGAAAAGAAACCUUCGAUAUUAAGACUCAAGGAUCGGCAUGACAACAGCGAUGAAAUUGUCAAGGUGGUUGACUUUAAUGAAUUCGUGAUACGUUACGUUUGCAAUAUCGGAAACUGUGCUUUCUAUUCUUAUAUGAAAAGUGAUUUCUUAAAUCAUUUGAGCAAUGAUCAUGUAGAGUGUGACCAAUUCCAUUGCGAUAUUUGUGAUAAAUCCAAUGAAAAUGGAUUUGUAGCGCACAAUCCGAUAGCGUUCGUUAAACAUUUUAGUGUGCACAAUAUGAACACAUAUCAAUGCAUUUUUUGCUUAUUUGGUGCAGAAUCGCUCAAUCUUAUGAUCAUUCACUUAGCGAUGGAGCAUUUUGAAUACGAACCGUUAUGCUUGGAGCGAAGUCUGAUAGACAUUUUUUGCGACGACAAAAAGAUUGAAAAUCUUAUGAUUUUGAACAUUAAGAAAUCCAUACCCGCUGGUAUAAUGAAAGUUGUGGAUGCGAAACCACUAAAAAAUGUCAAUAAAAAAAAAUGUGAAACAGAUCCCGCUGACACAAUAUGUACGAAUACGGAAUCAGUUAACAUCGACAAUACUACUCAGGUCUCAAAAAGAAGUAUUAAAGAUGUGGAGCACCCAUCAAAAAACACACUAAAACCGGCCAUUGACAACAAGAAUAAUACGAUUACAUCCGAUGGAGUGAAAAGAAACGUUCUAAGAGAUGAACAACAAAUUCCAAAUGUUGAGGCAUCAAUCGUAAGUGAGAAAAAAAAAUCAUCAGUGUCAAUUUAUGAAAUUAUGAACAAUAUUGAAUUAAAAAAAAAGAUUGGAAAACCAUUUAAAGAAAAAGGUGUAAAAACCCUUUCAUCUGACGAACGAAUCGAUAAGUCCAAAAAACAUAGAAAUAAGAAAUUGGAUAAUACAUGUAAAAAGAAUGAAAUUCGUCAAAAAAGUCCAGGAAACACGAGUUCAAUUACGAAAGCAGUCGACAUUGAAAAUACUAGACAACUGCCAAGAAGAAGUACUAGAAAUAUUGUUAACCGAUCAAAAAACACAAUAAAACCGGAAAUUGAUCACAAAAAUAAUACGGUUACAUCUGACGAAGUGAAAAAAAAUGUUCCAAAAGAUGAUGCAAAACGAAUUCCAAAUAGUCGGGCACCUAUCGAAAAAGAAAAAAAUAAAUCAUCUGAACUGGCAAUUCGUGAUAUUGCAAAAAAUCACACAACAAAACAGGAAAUUGACAACAAAAAUAAAACUGUAAUAUCUGACGAAGCGGAAAGAAACGUUCCUAGAAAUGAUGCAAAACGAAAUCCAAAUAGUGGGGCAUCAACCGAAAAAGAAAAAAAGAAAUUAUCCCAACUGGAAAUUCAUGAUAUUAACAAUAAUAUCACAACAAAACAGGACAUUAACAACAAAAAGAAAACUGUUAUAUCUGACGAAGCGGAAAGAAACGUUCCUAGAGAUGAUGCAAAACGAAUUCCAAAUAGUGGAGCAUCAAUCGAAAAUGACAAAAAUAAAACAUCAGAUCUGGCAGUUAAAAUAGAUAUUAAAUCCAAAAAAGCCAUUGGAAGACCAGUUAAGGAAAAGUCUUUAGAAACCACUUCAUCCGAUGAACCGAUGGAGCAGAGCAAGUCGAUUUCUAAAAAAAGUAGUGAUAAAGUCAUCCCAGUCGGAAUUUCGUAUCGAGAUCACUUGAAUAAUUGUCCCACGGAAAGUUCCAAGGAGUGUAGCUUCUGUCUGCUGAAGUCGAAGUCGAAAGUUGAUGUUGUCAAAGUCUCGAGGCACCGAAACGCGCCGAACCGUUUUACAUGCACUUUUUGCAACUUGGAGUUACCGUCCAGCGACACGGCCAAGAGCCACGUAAAAGAAGCACACAAUGUCUCCAACGUCCAGUUCGUGCCCGUAGAUAUUAACAAGACUGACAUGGAGAAGAACCGAUUUCUCGUGUCCGAGGACAAAUGUUUGAAACGACAAAAACGACCAAUCGACAGUAGCUUUUACUCGGAAAUCCGUAAGACCGUCGCCAACAUGAAACGGUCUAAAGUCGUUAGUAAAGAAGAUGAUUUGCAAUUGACUACGAUUGGCAAUACUGCGAGUUCCUCAAAACAACAGGUUGAACGUAAACCGGUCGAAUCACAACCACAACACAAUACUAGGAAAAGAAAAUAUUCCAAUGAGAGCACCGACAACGUCGCCGACUACAAAAAAUCAAAAUGCUGGAAAAGGUUAUACGAUACCUCACCGGGCAUUACAAUAUCCAUGUAUUUUUCACCUCGCAAUAUUGACAAAAUCCCGCUAGCACCAUUCUUCACGAAUACGGUAGGAUGUUUACUGUGCAAUUACCACACUAAAGUGCGAUCUAAUCUAGUGUCGCACCUGAAGAGUCAUAAAAAUGGACGGAUCUGGAAUAAUCACAUAUCUAAAACUGUAAUAAGUAAACUCAAGCCUGCGGCAACUGUGUCCGAGCCUGUCCAAACAGUUGAAAAUAGUAUAGAUGGAUCAACUAUUAAUACUAAUAAGCCUCCACCGUUCAAGCGGGUAAAUCCUAUUCCCAAGUUCGUUCCACAACCAGAACGUUUUAAAUGUGCAUUACCCAGAUGUUAUAACUUUUUUGAGAAAUUGGAAGAUCUGCAUCAGCAUAUAACCAAAAAUCAUUCCAAGUAUUCGUAUUUUAUAUGUCCACAUUGUAGGCCAUUCAUUUAUACGUUCGACACUUUCCAUGAAUUGGCUCAUCAUUAUGAUUUUCAUGGCAGUAAUUUAUACAUUUGUCAGUACUGUGAUUACAUACAUUAUGAUCGUUCAAAAAUAGAAUCACAUCAGACAAGAAAACACCCGUUUAGAAUGGACGGCGAGAACAAUAUAGCCGUGGUUAGAAAAGACGAAUCUCCAGAUACGUCCCAAUGGCAAUGCAAUAUAUGUUUACCCGGUAUUAAGUAUACAGAAACUCAAAUUGCUGCACACCUAUCAAUCGUUCACAAAAUAUCCAAACUGUUUACAUGCCCUAUUUGUCCAUUUGAUCACAGUAAUUACGAUGUGUUUAAAGAACAUUUCGCGACGACUCAUCCAUCUAUGCAAGUAAAAAGCUUGUAUGAGUAUUUUGAAAAAAUUAGUCCAGAUGCAGAGCUCGAACCAGCCGACAAGCGAGCAAACGUCGGCAAACAAGGUAAGACUAAAGAAAGUCAUUCGCUAAAUGUGCUGGAAGCUUUUGACGGUGUCGCCGAACCAAGAACAGCGUUACCCUCACCACGAGAAACUACGAGAAAAUUGACUUCCGCGCGCAAGACAUCUGCUGAAUCGCCCGAUCAAGGGAAAACCCUUGACAACCCUUCCAGCGAACCGGACGAUUAUUCGAAAUUAAAGCGUUCGACGGUCAAAUACGAAUGUCCUAUAUGCAACGAGUUCGCAGUCGAGGAAAAAGAAUCUUUCCGAACACACUUAAUGAAAGAAAUAACUUGCACACUAUGGAAGUGUAUGGAAUGCUUUGCGCUCAGCAAUUCAGUAAUAAAAAUGAAAACGCAUGUACAAAAACACUUACGAUUAAAGCGGAGAUUUGAGAAAAUCGAAAUAACUAAGAAAAAUACUUUGGUCGAUGGAAUAAUUGACUGUCAAGAUAUGCGAAUGGAACAUAAAUUGCUCAAAAAAAAUAAUGAACAUACCGAUUGUGAUGACCAAAAUGGAGCCAAACAUGGUAAUAUUCAAUAGAAAUAGAUGUACUCAACGCUCAAACUUUUCACAUAUUUUCAAUGACGAAAUCGUUAAUACGAACGUUUCAAUACUAAAAUUAUUGGCGUAAAUAGCAAUGACAUAAUUAUUUAAUUGCAUAGCUCACAAGGUGGCUGUUACUUAUUAUAGAAGACUGCGUCGCUCAAUUUGAAGUGAAUGUUUUGAAGCUAUAAUAAUUGUAUUAUCCUAAAGUACUUUUAUAUUUUGGAAUUAAGUACAAAAACCUAUAUUUAAGAUUAAACCGUUAAGUUAUGUAUAGUUAGUUUAUAUUGAUUUGUUUGUGGUUUUAGGAUUUAUAUGCAUUAGUUCGUUAUGGGUUUAAGGUCAUGCAAUAUAAUAUCAUAAAAAUAAAAUGAAUUUAUCAAACUCAAAAUAUAAUAAUAUAAACAUGUACAUUAUAAUAUUGUUUAAACCCUAUCGGAUUGUUAUGAUAUAUAAUAUCAUUUUUUAUAUAAAUCAAUAUUAUAUUUUAUUGUUUAAUUUUGCACAUAAAUCCUAAUCACUACUUACUAAUAUUGUUAGGUAAUUUAUUCUAUUUUAUAGAUAAUUAAUAAGUGAAUGGCUCCCUAAAUAAAAGUAAAGUGCUUGAACUUUCCUCAGAGGAGCCUUUAGUUAUAUUGAUGUUAUUUUAAGGUGUAUAGUCUCAAUUUUUUUUUUUUUUUUUUUAGAUAAUUUAUAAGUGAUUAAUGUUUUUAGG